UGGUAUCGAUGGACGGUAUAUAAGACUAGAUGAGAAUUAAACAUUGUUAGUAUAGUCACAGCUCUCACAGUCAGAGGGUGGCAAGACCUCCAAAGAUGCUCUCCAAGGUUUUCUUCCUCACCCUAGUGGUUGCCCUGGUAUCCUGUGAUCCGGAACCGGAACCAUCUGCUGACCCAACAGCUGACCCGUCAGCUGAUCCCAGCGCCUGGUAUGGAUACUAUGGAUAUCCUUAUGGAUAUGCUAGAUACGGGUAUGGAUAUUAUGGACAUCCCUAUGGAUAUGGUUACUACGGACGCAAGAAGAGAUCUGCUGAACCCACCGCCGUAGCUGCCGCCGAUCCAUCUGCUGAUCCCUCCGCCGAUCCCUCUGCCGAUCCCUGGUAUGUAUAUGGAUACCCCUAUGCCUAUGGAUAUCGUUAUCCUGCCUAUUCCUAUGGCUAUUCUUAUCCCUACCUCUACGGACGUAAGAAGAGGUCCGCCGAGCCUACUGCCGAUCCUGCCGCAGAACCAUCAGCCAAUCCAUCUGCUGAUCCAUAUUACACAUACGGAUACCAUUAUGGAUAUCCUUACGCAUACGGUGGAUAUUACCGUCCCUAUGGAUACUAUGGAUACUAUGGUUAAAUGAUUUUGUCAAGAAAAUCGUCCUUCUUCUUUCUCUAACUUUGACAGCACUUCAACUCUAUUGUGAUAAAACGAAGAAACAAAGCACAAUACAGAUUAUUUUUGAUAAAAAUAAAAUUUUGCUUAAAUUGA